AUGGUCCGGUACCGCGAGAGGAGCCCCAGCGAACGCCCGCACCAGGGGUACAGGCAGCAAGGGCACGGGCAGGAGCAAGGGCUCGAGGGCCAGGAGGAGCAGGGCCUGACCCCGGAGAGCAUCGAGUUCUAUGGCAGGACCUACCAAGGCCGCCGCUGUAGGCGCAGGCGCUGCUCUCGGAGGAGGCUGUGCCGGAUCCACAGGCGGCGGCGACGCUCCUGCCGAAGGCGCAGAAGACGCUGCUGCAGGCGGAGGCAUCGCAGAGAUUGCCUAGGCACCCCUCUCAACCAGAAUUUUCUUUCCCAAAAGGCUGCAGAAGGAGGAGGAGAAGAUGCAGAAGGCGCUACUACUAAACUUCCUGAGCCCCUCGCCCCUGGCUGGAAGUUAAGGAGAAUUCGCCUGCCCAAGAAACACCACGCGAGGCCAUAGCAACUCCCCCACGUCAGAUGCCCAAGCCCUGAGUUGCUGAAGAACCCACAAGAUCUGAAUAAAAUGAGCAAAAGUCACCUGCCAAAUAAAACUUG